AUGGGUUGUUUCCAGUCCAAAACUGCUAAUGUGAUCACUUCUCCUGAUCAUCCACCAGUUCAGCACAUACCAGAAUCAGUAACUGAGGACCAAGUGGAUCAUGAGGACCAAGUGGAUCAUGAGGACCAAGUGGAGCAGGAGAAUCAUGUUCCAUGUUUCAAACGCUUUACAUUACGUGAACUGUACGAUGCAACAAAUGGGUUUAGUGGCGAAUGCAUUGUCCCUGAAGGAGGGAUGAAAGAUCUCAGUGUUGUUUACGUAGGAAAGCUCGAAGGCAAUGGUCUCGUUGCCAUCAAGCGACUCUCUAAACUGACUUGGCCUGAUGCUCAGCACUUUGUUGAUCAGGCGACUGCUGUUGGAAAGCUUAGGUCUAAGAGAUUGGUCAAUCUGCUUGGUUAUUGCGUUGAAGGAGGCGAGAGAUUGUUGGUGGCUGAGUAUAUGCCCUAUGGUACUCUUUUAAAGCAUCUUUUUCACUGGGACCAACAGACACUUCCUUGGGAAAUGCGUGUUCGAGUUGCAUAUUAUAUCGCUCAAGCACUUGAUUACUGCAACGUCCAAAACCAAAGGAUCUAUCAUGAUCUAAGUGCAUCCAGAAUCCUCUUUGAUGAGGAAGGUGAUCCUCGUCUGUCAACUUUUGGUCUCAUCAAGAACAGCAGAGACCGAACAAGCUAUAGCACUAACUUAACUUACACUCCACCAGAGUUCUCAGAAACAGGUACAGUUAUUCCUGAAAGUGUGAUUUACAGUUAUGGAAAUGUUCUUAUAGAACUUGUGAGCGGCAAACGCAUUCCACCGAACCAUGCUUUUGAAAUCACAAUGGAGAAAAAUGCGUUGCUACUCAUGGAUUCAUCACUUGAAGGGAAAUUUGAGAAUGAAGACGCAACUGAACUUGUUAAUCUUGCUUUAGAAUGUCUUCAAAACAAUCCGGAAGUUCGACCUGAUACUGAAUCUCUUGUCUCUGCAGCAGGACCACUACAAAAGAUGAAAGAGAUUUCAUCUCAUUUCUUGAUGCGUCUGCCUAAGAGUACAGUAAUACAACCAACCAUGCUCUCUCUCAGAAAGGCUUGUUCUCGGAUGGACCACAAGGCUGUAUACGAGAUUUUACUUAAAACUGGUUACGGCGACGAAGGACCAGAGAGUGAUCUUCUUCUAGUGACACAAGUGCAGGAACUAGUUCGAACAAAGAACUUGGGAGACAAAGCUUUCAGAGACAAGGAGUUCAUUAACGCGAUUAAAUCUUAUUCAAAGUUGGUGAAGAUGAUGUCCGUUCGGUCCGUUCCAUUUGCGACGGUUCCAUAUGCGACUGUAUUUGCGAGAAGGUCUUUCUCCUACUUAGUGACGGGUGAACAUGAUCCUGCUUUGAGAGACGCAAUGCAGGCUCAAGUUUGCAUACCGGAGUGGCCUACUGCGUUUUACUUGCAGGCUUUAGCACUUUGGGAACUUGGUAUGGAGACUGAUGCUAGUGAUAUGAUUAAUAAAGGUGCUGAACUUGAAGCUAAGCGACCACAGAGAGAUCAGAGAGUCCGUAACCUUCUUUGA